AUGGUUUUGGCCACACCAUUACCUGUUCAAGAAAAUGUCAGCAAGGUGCAAGUAGUAGAAACUACUGGAAAACAGAACGGGACUAGAACUUUCCAGAGACGUUUGGAGUUGCAGGGACCCCAGCCCCACCGACCUGCUCCUAGAGUAACCAUCCCGGAGCAAGAGCUCCCUGGGGCCGACCCGGCGCGGCGUGGCGCCACAGGUUCCCCCCGGGCCGCCGGGGCGAGGUCUCCCGGCAGGCGUGGGGACGCGCGCGGGCACCCUGGCCUCGCACUCUCGGAGGCCGGGGCGCGCCCUCCACGCACCCCCACCCCACCCCACCCCACCCCCGGGGCCCGAAUGCAGCUCCGCCUCCUGCGCCGAGCAGGCCCCGCCCCCUCCCCGCGCUCCUCGCCCGAGCGCGGCCCUGACCCCUACCUGGGCCGGAAGUGGGUGCCCGCUUACUCCCCUCCCGGGGCGCGGGAACGUGCUUCCUCCCCGCCGCGCCCCCGCCGCACCCCGCGCGCGCCGAGAGGGAUGGCCGCGCCGCCACAUGCGCCUCGGAACCUCGCAGGGCAGUGGGCCGGCGGCCGGGGCUGCGAGGGCCUUCCCGGACUCGACUCGACCUGCGCCUCCUUCGCCUGGCGCCCGGGACGCGGGGGAAGGGGAGUGCAGCGCCCACCCUGGGGCGCCCCGGAUCCCUGGAACUUCCCGGACAGGCCCAGUGUCUCGGAACAAAUUCUCCUCGUUUUAAUGCGCGGUGUCUACCCCAGUCUCCUGCUUCCCCGCUCCCCCCACCCCGCCCCCGCCAAGAACUUCCCCAAUUUGGGGGGUUCAAGCCAGCGGCAGGCUCCGGGCUGA